UUCCCUCUUCAGUCCGCUCUUCUCAUCUAACGGCUGAGAGACAAGGCGGCCUGUAUGGCGCCUUGCAAGGGUUUCGUUUGCGUUCUGGAGCUGCACAUCCGCACGGUAACAUGUCCAGGUGUUGCACUAAAAUCCAGAGAAGAUGUCUAUGUCAGUGCAUGCAUUUUUGGACAACAUAAGAAAACUUCAUGUGUUCGUGCAAUAUUCCCCCUGAUAUUUGAUGAGAAAUUAAUGUUUGAAAAAGUAUAUUCUGAUGUAGUUGACCCAGGAAAUCUUGUUGAACUUUUUGAAACUGACACAUCAGUGGUUCAGUUAAUUCAAACUGUUCCUCCAGUGGGAGAAAUUCUAGCCAGUUAUGAAGAAAAUACAAGAGAUUUCCUUUUUCCUGCUCCUAAGUUUAUCCAUCAACCACGAAAUUCAGUUCGUGAGGUUUUAAUGAAAAAGGGCUAUGAUUUUACAGGAAUUGCACCAAAAUUGAAGUUUCACACAACUUGUGUUAUUUCAGACAGUCUGUUAAGUUCACCAAAAGUUCAGAAGCAGAAGCAGAAGCAGGAUAAUUUAGAUGGACUGUUUCAUUCAUCUACAGAAGGAAUGCGACAGAUCAAAUCUUCAAAGAAGAACACAGCUUCACCUGAGAGAAAUAGGCCCUGUUUAGCAACAAAGAGUUAUGAGCAACCCACAGUAGCAUCUCUUUCUCGAUCUCCUUCUCCUUAUACAAAGAGACGUAUGUGUGAGCUUCUGCAAAUCAGACAACGCCUGGCUCACUUAGACCUAGGGCCAUUUGAUUUCAGGAAAGAAACAGACAGACCUCCAUUUGUAAUUCGUCGUGUUGAAGAGUUGACUCCCUCACCUCAGGUUCAUACUUGGUGUCGUCCUAAGGAUAAUAACAAGGAAGGAGCAGCCUAUGAUCCUAGUCUGCUUGGCAGUUACAGACCCAAAAAUACUAAAAUUAUUGGAUCGCAUCAUGAGAAAUACUUUGAUUGUUUUCCUGACACCUAUGAUGAGCACUUGAUCACAAAAAUGAGCAGUAGGCAGGUUUAUUCAGAUCGUCUAUUAAUACAUUCAGCACCUGCAUCGUUGCAGAAUUUUUUUUCAACUCCUGUGAUAAAUCGCUCAUCUCUUAGAGAAAGGUUUUAUACAGGUUGGAACACACCAGUAAAUGGGGAUGAGAUUCAUAAACGAGUGAAAAGUAUUUUAAGAACGCACAGUGCAAGGAAAAGGCUAACAUUUGAUGAGACUUCUUUGUCAAAGGAAGAAUUUGCUAAGACAAGAGACUCCACUGGGACAAGAGAUUUCGGAAAAAGAGAUGUUUCACAUACAGAUUCUUUAAACAGUAAUUUUCAGAACAGUUCAUUCAGCCAGCCAGACGUCAUGGUUCAUUUGGAUAAUGGUGAAUAUUGGACCAAUCAAGUUGCAGAGUAUAAAAACAAGCCCCACAGAGCCAUCUUUGAAGACAGCCUGGAAAAAAUCUAUCGAAACAUGUACAGAAAUGCUUCCAGCUCACUUUCAAAGAAUAAAUCAAACUAAAUUCCUAAUAAGUGCUAUAGGUGAAAAUGAACAGUGUACAAGAUCAGUAUUUUUUAAUUACGAAGAUUAUUAUUUGCCUAAUGACUGUAUUCUAUUUUUUAACUGAACUGUUUUUACAUACGUAUGUGGAAUUUUGAGACUGGGAUUUUCAAUACGAAAAUAAAAUCUGGAGGAUUUUUAUUACAA